GGUUGUCUGAACUGGUGAAUCUGCAUCCAUUCAAAUUUACUUGGGACUAAACUCUUUAAUAAGGUUGCAGAAAUGACUGAAGUAAAAAGUCCGUGGAAGGUGUUUAUAGAGUAUUUAAGUACUCUGAAGGUCGUAAUGACCUUUCUUUUCUUAGGAGUGGCUUGUUAUAUCUUGUUCGUGUAUCUCAUGUUUACCUCGCUGUGGCCACUCUCCACUCUGUACUUCAUAUGGCUGGUGAUGGACUGGCACACUCCUGAAAGAGGGGGCAGGAGGACAACAUUUGUGAGGAAGUGGAAAGUGUGGGAGCAUUUCAGAGACUAUUUCCCCAUCAAAUUGGUAAAGACAGCCGAGUUGAAUCCGAACAAAAACUACAUCUUGGGCUACCAUCCACAUGGCAUCAUGGGCGCUGGAGCGUUCACCUGCUUCGGCACAGAUAGCUGCGGAAUCUUGGAGGCUUUUCCAGGGAUUCGACCAAGCCUAGCUGUUCUGGCCGGGCUCUUCAGGAUACCAUUAUUUAGGGAUUACCUAAUGAGCCUAGGCCUUUAUCCAGUCAGCAAACAGAGCCUUGGCCACCUUCUUGCGAAGAGUGGCAAGGGAAAUGCAGUUGUGAUUGUGAUAGGGGGCGCUGCUGAGUCCCUGGCCUCCACUCCUGGAAUUAACACAGUGUUAGUAAAGCAGAGAAAGGGAUUUGUCAGGGUGGCCCUGGAGUUUGGGGCGGACCUGGUGCCGGUUUACGCCUUUGGGGAGAAUGAACUCUUCAAGCAGGUGAUUUUCCCGGAGCGAAGUCUAAGACGCAGGAUACAGGACCUGUUUAAAAACAUUAUGGGUUUCGCCCCAUGUCUAUUUACCGGUGAGCACUUUGUGAUCCUGCCUUACAGGAUUCCCGUCAUCACUGUUGUGGGAAGCCCCAUUCCAGUCCCAAAGCGGGUCGCACCUACCGAGGAAGAAGUCGACCACUAUCACAGAAUUUACAUCGAGGCCCUGUGCAAGUUAUUCCAUGAACACAAGGUCAGCUGUGGCCUCCCUGAGAGUCAAAAGCUGCGGAUCAUUUAGACAUUUGAAUUGCCACAUGAACUGGGUAGCUGUGUUUUCAUUUUCUGCUUUAAAUGUGGCUUAUGGUGUCGAUCUGAUGUCAUGGACUUGAUUUUAAACAACAGACUGACCAAGGAAGUUCCUGUCUUCGUACUGUAAGUUCUGCCUGAAUUGGAAAGUUAAGAACAAAGGUGCCCUAUAAAACAAUACAUAAGGAUGUGAUGCCCUUUGUGAUGGGAACGAUGCACUCCAAAAUAUGGUCGUCUUGUCAUGUUAUAUUUGAUUAUAUAUUACAUUAUGAAAUGUGGCCUGUGUUUGCAUGCUUCUGUUUUCACGGUUAUGUCCGCCAAAGAGGUUGUGUUUUAUCCUAUUGGUUGGUUUGUUUCUAAGCAAGAUUAAAACUCCUGGAAUGAUUACCACAAAACUGGAGGGAUGUGAUUGGUAUGGCUUAGGGAAGCAACCAUUAAAUAUUGUUGUGGAUGUGGAUCAGGGAGUGGAUCCAGGAAUUUUACACAAUAUCAAAACAAGACUGAAACUGUGGCAUUAUCAUUUUUUGUUUUUUUACCUGUGAUUUAAAAAAAGGUACGAUAAAGGGCCAUCUUCAGAACUGGUUCAUGAUGCUGCUUUAGGAUAUAUUUGUAUUAUACUAUCACAGUCUAUAGAGCAAGAGGCGGAAGUUGUGUUAUUUUCCUUCAACAGAUCAUAAUUGAUCUUGCACUAGUGCAAAACUUCUAUAAUUUACUAGUGUGCAUUGUGCAUUGUGCAGAUGUCAAAUGAAAUGUUUAGCAGACGUCUACAUUGGUAAUUCAACUGUUUUACCAGCAGAGGGCAACCAUUCCUCAGACCUUCCUCAACUCCUUUACCAGAAGGGUUGAGGGUCUUGGAACAUGAGGCCACAAGGAAAAUGUGCUUCACCAUAUCUGGACACAAAAACACACCUAAUCUAAAUUAAAUUAUUGGGUUUUCUAUCACAGCAAACAUUUUAAAGUAAAUGUAGACGUGAGCACAGAAGGAUAUCAGGGGUCUGGGAUGAAUUGCGUGGUGGGUUUCAGCUGCUUUUCUAAAUCAUUUUGUUGCU